UUCUGAAGUAAUAUUAUUCCUAGCGAGAAUUGGGGCAGUUCCGAAAAACCCUAAACCCCGGCGACUGAAGAAGCUCGAUUCAACGUCAAUGGCGUGUAACGGCUCUGGUUGCCAAUCCGGUUGCUACAAAGACGAAGAAGAACCGAAGCGUGAGAAUCUAGCAGUUCCAACAAAAACCGAUUCAGCGAGCAAUGGGAACAUCUGCGUCAAGUGCAAGCUGAACGACUCCGUUUCGGGUUACGGCGGCAUCGACGAUGGUCGCUUCUGCGCUGAUUGCUUCAGGAGCAACCUGUUUGGGAAGUUCAGAUACGCCGUCACCUCGAACGCCAUGAUCUCUCCCACCGAUAAGGUCCUUGUUGCAUUCUCAGGUGGCCCUUCUUCAAGGAUAGCUUUGCAGUAUGUGCAUGAUUUGCAAGAGAGGGCACAGAAGAAUUUUGAUGCCUGUAGAGAUAGGUCGUUGCCUGUGUUUGGUGUUGGAGUGGUGUUUAUAGAUGAGAGUGCUGUUGUGCCGAUUCCUUCUGGUGAGAUGGAUGAGGCGGUUGGAUUUGUUUCUUCGGUUGUUUCGUGUUUAGCCCCGCCAAAGAAGGAGUUGCAUGUUGUUCCUAUUGAGACAAUUUACUCGUCCGAUUCUAGUGACGGAAAGGAGAGGCUGUUAAAGAUUCUGAAUGCUGUGAGUGAUCCCACUGGAAGGGAGGAUUUGUUGGUUAAUAUUCGCAUGUUGGCACUUCAAAAGGUUGCUUCUGAAUUUGGUUAUAACAGACUUGUUCUAGGAUCAUGCAUUUCAAGAAUUGCUUCUCAUGUCAUUUCAGCCACUGUGAAGGGUCAGGGAUAUUCAUUACCUGCAGAUAUACAGUAUGUUGAUGCUCGAUGGGAAAUUCCAGUUGUGCUUCCUCUACGUGAUUGUUUCGCUCAAGAGAUCAACAUGCUUUGCCGCCUUGAUGGUCUAAAGACUUUAAAGUUGUCUACAAGUCCAAGCUCUACCAUCAAUGGCUUGGUCUCAUCAUUUGUACAAUUAUUGCAGGAAGAAAACCCAUCUAGAGAGAGCACAAUUGUGAGAACAGCUGGGAAACUCAUUCCUUUCCAAUUUAACAAGAUUCCCGAGAUCACUGAUGGUCAUGUUCCCUUGGCAACUCGAAGACGCCAAAAGAGAUAUAAUCUCAAAUCGAAUGAAUCUGUUUCCUCGGAAUCUUUCUGUCCUCUCUGCAAUAGCCCACUUGAUAAGUCUGAGAUUGUUAAUCGAAGCAACCAUGAUAAUGGUAGCACUGGUGAAUUUUUUUAUGCUGCUUGCUGUUCUAGUUGUCAGUAUCAGAUACUUCCAAGAGAUUCCACGACAAUGGAGCAAUUUUAUACGGAUUUACCCCAAUCUAUAAUUUCCAGAUCAGAGGAAGCAAACAAUUGUAACUUGAGUCUGCUAAGGGAACAAAUACAAGAUUGCUUGCUUUCAGAUGAUGAAGAAGAAACUUAGGUAUACUUUCCCGGUUUCCCCACAUUGAGGCUCUUAGUUUGAGGGCAUGAAUUCAAGUUUUGGUAAUUGAAUUUACGAUUUUGAGUAACGUACUACAAUUUUUGGCUUAUGGCAAGAGAGUUUAUCUAUGGCAUUAAACAUCAAAAUCUACUGGCCUCCUUCAACAGAAAGUUAAAGUCUUGGAUUCAUGAAGUGAACAAUUCGAAGAGUGACAAAGCUGACCACAGAUACUUGUGCCUCAUGCGUCACGCGGGGUGUUCAAUUUUCCUCAUUAAGAAUCGCUUUAAAGCUACUUCAAGUGUUAAUAAACAGGGUUGGAUCAUUUUAAUUUUCCCCUUAUUAUUAUGUGUGUAUAUUAUUUCAUUAAGUGACAUUGUGGUAGUGUACUGUAACUUAAGUUAAAAGAUAGGUUGGAUCACGACCCAAAUAAAGGAAAGUGGAAAAAUUAUUCUGCAAUUUUUUUGUA